AUGGAUCAGACUGCUCCUCCUCCAUAUAGCGAAACUGAUGUCUUUUCGAAUACCAAUACUACGAUCCCAACACCAACAACGACAGAAGCAGAUGAUGCAUCUAGAGUGAAUGGGAGAGGCCGAUCAGAUUCAUCAUCUACUGAAAACUCGUUGAUAUAUACCCCUCCUUACUCACCAACCGAGCCUGAUGAUCAACACUCGGAAAGCAACCCCAAACAUCUAUCUCCUCACGACUACUUCGAGUCACGACCGUUACCGCCGCAAUUUUCGGCUCCCAGAAGUACUCAACAUGAGAUCUGUGUUACUCGGAGAAGUACAUCAGAUGAUGUCCCCAUCCCAUCUUCCGCACCAGACUAUGGCAUCACACAGCAAGAUUGGUCAACCUUUGUAAACUAUUUGCUGCCUAAUCACACCCUCAAUGUCAACCACGAUGUUGCAGACCGCAAGCUCAAAGCUGAACUAAUUGACGAGCGCAUGCAUAGACUUACGCUCAAUGAAAAUGAUUAUUCUAGACUUGACAUGAAUGAAGUUCAAGCGCAGCUUCAUCCUCUUCGUCACCCCGUCACUGCAUCCAAUACUGAUUGGAUAGGACACGUAGAUGAGGUGAUCCAAAUCUGGAACUCGGGGUUUUUUCUUCCUCGUGGAUUGGAGAUUCUGCGCAUUGAUGUGGAACAGCCUGAGUUGUUUCGGGAUAGAGACAAUAACAUGCCUGGUUCUUGGAUACCGGGUGAAGAAGAAGAGUCGCGCAUUCCCGAGCGAAAUCGAGGUCGGAGAGGCUUUUUGAGUCGUUAUUCUAUGUCUGGUCAAGGGGCUCGGGGGGUUAGAUUAGGUUCUAUGGUUGCGGAUGAUGAGGGACUCAGAAUUGGAAGGAACGGUAUUGUGGCCAACUCGAGCGGUUUGCGUAUCGGCAACAUGUUUGUUGCUGAUGAUAAGGGAUUGCGAGUUGGUGGUAGUCGAGGGAUUGUAGCUGAUGAGGAUGGUGUUAGUAUUGGUGGUUGUCGAUUUGGGGGGAGGGGAAGAGGAGGUAUGCAUACGCCGGACAUUAAUCGAGGGCAGGAACAAGAGCCAGAGGAGUGGCAUGGAAGGAACGGGUGGGGAAGAGGGGGUAUAUACUCGCGAGAGGCUAGCUGGAGAUGGGCGGAACCCCCAGAAGGAUGGUAUGAAAGAAGGGGAAGGGGAAGAGGAAGAGGUGGUCUGCACACGCAGGAUCACCAUAGAGGAGGAAGACACGAAUCCGAAGGGUAUCAUUGUGGACACUCACAGUUCCAUCACGAUCUCCACGAAAGAAAACGAAGAGAUCAUUCCUCUUCCUCUUCCCCAUCCUCAUCCAGCUCCUCCAGCUCCUCCUCCUCUAUAUCCCUCGCUUCCCUUCCCUCCCCCGAACAUCUACCCGACCACCAACUCCCCGCGGCCAAAGAAUCCCUACUAGCAUGGCUCCAUCACCCCGAAUAUCCCACGACCCAACAGACCAUUCAAAGAUUAAGACAAGACAUCCAAUCCGCGAAGAAGAACAAGAACAAAAACAAAAACAAGAAAAAUCCCAAUUCCAACAUCGGUAAUUCCUCAUCCACCGAAGACCUCGCCACCCUCCGCAAAGAAGUCGCAGAUCUCCUCCGAAAGUUCAACGACGACCAGAAAUCUCAAAAAACCAUUCGCAAGAUUCUACGCAAAGAACAGCGGGGAUUGAAGAAAGCGCAUAGGAAAGAACGAAAAAGUACACGCAAAUCGGAGCGGAAAGGCGCGAAGAAAGAGAAGGAUAAGAAAAAGGAGAAAAAAUGUAACAAGAGAGAUAUUUCACGUGGUAUACCCUCUGCACCUAUACUCACCUACCCAGACAUCCCCGAGAUACCAAGCGCGAGAUUUCCACCGCUUCCAAAUCUUCCCGUUCCUUCAUUCCACACUCCGUUUUUCGGAGCGCAGAAUCCUAGUAUGGCAACUAUGUACGGACGAACAUGGCCUUUUCUCUCUUCCCCUCAUCCUCAUCCUCAGCCUCACAUCCCACCUCAAAUCCCAAGAUCCUCCUACGCACAAAAUUCCUCACAAAUCCACGCUCAAGCUUCGUCUCUCCUAGCUAGCGCGACAGCCAAGGAAGUCGAAGCUAGGACUCUGGAGGUCGUUUUAGAGAGUGUGUAUUUGAAUGGGAUUGAGAGAGAUGGGGAUGUAUUGGAAAGAGACAAGAAGAAGCAAGAAGUAGAGAGGCUUCUGGAGGAAUCUGGAGAGUUGAGAAGAGAGGGGGAGAGAUUGAUGGCCGAGGCGACGCAGAUGGAUGGGGAGUUUGCGAGGGAGAUCCAGAAGUGGGAAAGAGAGGGUGAGGGAGAGGGGCAGGCGUGGGCAGGGUGGCUUGGAAUUAAUGGGGGUCAGAGUAGUGGGGUUUUUGGGAGGGGAAUAUGA